AUGGAGGAGACACCAUACACUUGCCGACAAACACUGAAAACGCCCGCACCGAUUUCAUGUCUGGCCAAAGGAUCAUCGGAUCAUUUCUUUGCAGGUUCAGAUGACGGAUCUGUUCGCGUAUAUAAUCAAGAGACUUUGAGGGUCGUGAAGGCUAUCAGAGGUUUGGGAGAAGUAUCGUCCGUUGUAUGCAUGUCGCACAAUGCAGGUGGCCUCGGGGACAUAUGGGUCGCGUCCAAUUGUCAUGCUCUACGGUUUACUAUGGACACGGAGAAGAUGAUCCUUGCGAAGGCUGACGCGACCUUGAUGUUGGAACUUGGUGCCGACGACGACGACAUGGUGAACGAGCUCUCGCUCAACCAAAAAAACAGUCAACUGGCAUUUUGUCUGGACUCUGGCACAGUCGGUGUCGUUGAUCUCUCUACGAAACAAAUAUCACGCCUGAAAACAAGUCACGACAAUAUAUGUGGAACUGUGAAGUUCAUUCCCGAUCGUCCCAGUGAACUUGUUAGCGGUGGAUACGACUCUAGGCUGUUGCAUCACGAUUUUCAUCAAAGGACUGUAUUGUCGCGAUUCGAUAUAGGGACGUCUCCUCUGCCCGAGUCUUCAGGUGUUUCAAUGUCUCCGCCAUUCAUAUUGUCGUCUGCCAUGUCACCAUCUGGGAUCUUGGCUACGGGAACCGCUGACGGACGGGUAUGGAUUGGCACCGGCGGAGAGAAAAUGUCAGGAGUGUCAUCUGGGACGUCUAUGAAAAAGAAACGGCGGAAGUGGGAAGGAUUGAAGCAAGAUGAAGGCUUCACGGCGGAUGUCGGACAUGGCCCUAUCACUGCUCUGUAUGGACAUUCAUCGGGCCUCGCACACUUUUCACAGUCCACAUUGAUGGGAAAAGUGACCCUUCAUGAAAUUGGUGGCCCAACUGCGGAUGGGAAGUUGGAUAUAUUUCCAAAGUGGACGAAGGCAACAAUUAAUGUGAACAAGGUUAAUGCGAUCGUUGCCACAGGGGGCUUGAUUAUCAUCGGUGGGCUGAGUGAGAAGGGAGGAGGCAUGAUAGAGGUUUGGGAGAAGGGAUUAAAAUCGGGUGAUGUAUGA